GUCUUCGGUACGUCGAUAUCAAGCACAGUUCAAAGGGCGCGCCCUAAAGCUUACAUGAAGAGAAAACUUGCAAUUAAUCAGCAUGAUGUUUGUGGUUUUGAUGCUGCACUAAGACAAGUCGUUAAAUACCAAGCUUUGUCUCUGUCUUGAGAUUAGAAUCAUAUUACAACAGUCGAGUAGGGCAAUCAGAUUCCUAAAAGCAUAUAUCCUUCCCAUAAAAACGCCUCUUGUAUCUCUUUCCACAAUGUCUACUACUAUGAGAGCUAUACUUAUUUCUGAGUUCGGUCCUGUUGAGAAUCUGGUCAUCAAAGACGUUCCCAAACCAUCAGCCACAGUCCCAGGUACAGCCCUAAUCCGCGUCAAGGCAUUCGGCAUCAACCACGCAGAAAUGCACAUGCGUCGUGGCGAAUGGGCCGAGUCAGUCCCCAUCAGCGGUAUCGAAUGCGUUGGAACCAUUGAGGACUGCCCGGGAGGUGAGUUUGCUCCCGGGACACCAGUAGCAGCACUUAUGGGUGGCCUCGGUCGGACCAUCCCCGGUAGCUACGCCGAAUAUACCGUCGCAAAUACUAGCAAUAUCGUCGCGUUGGGGGGGCCAGGAGAACGGCUGCCUUUGUCUUGGGCAGAUGCAGCUGCGCUACCUGAAAGCUACGCAACGGCUUGGACGUGUCUAUUCCGAAACCUGAACCUCCAAUGCGGACAGAGGAUUCUCAUCAGGGGUGCUACUUCAUCUUUUGGAAGAGCGGCUAUCAAUCUCGCUGUUGACGCGGGCGCUAUUGUUACAGCAACAUCUCGCAGCGAAGCCAAAUUUGCCAUGCUGCGAGACCUCGGAGUCUCCGAGACAGUCCUCGAAACGCCCGACUUGGGCAAACACCUCCUCAAGAGCCACGGUGUUGAAAAAUUCGAUUCAGUACUGGACUUGGUCGGCAACAGUACAGUUGUUGACUCACUGCAACUAGCCCGUCGAGAUGGACGUGUCUGCCUGGCCGGAUGGCUAGGAGGGUUAGAUCCGAUCAAGGGACCGCCGGGGCCUGACGAGUCGCACGGCUUCAAUCCGCUGCUUCAAAUGGCGAGCGGAGUUCACCUGAGCUUCUUCGGAAGUUUUGUGUUUGGCACCGAGGAGUUCCCAGUAUCUGAUGUUCCCUUGAGGAGUAUUAUGCUCAAGGUAGCUGAUGGGAAGAUUGAUGCAAAGCCAUGGAGGGUGUUUGACUUUGAUGACAUGCAUGCUGCUCAUCGGGCUAUGGAGAAUGGACAGGCAAAUGGGAAAAUGGUAGUUACUGUUGUGUAGUGUUCAAGAAAGGAAAGAUGUACUUGUCUUCGUGCAAAAAUAGCAACAGGUAAUGAUGCAGGGUCAUAAAUACUGCAAUAUGUGUCAAUGGUUCUGAUUA